AUGGACGAGUCUGGUUUCCCUUUUUCACCAGAGGCAUACAGCUGCCACCUGUGCAGGGACUCUCUGCAAGACCCGGUCACCAUCCCCUGUGGUGACACCUACUGUUUGGAGUGCAUCAAAGUCUACUGGGACCAGUUUCACCACAUGGGCGUAUACAGCUGUCCACAGUGCCGUGCAACCUUUACGCCUCGGCCUGUGCUGAGACGAAAUGUAACCGACAUAAACCACGAGCCACGGCUCCAGCUUCCAGAACUCUCUCCGUUCCCGUACCUGCACAGAGAAUCUUACUGCGACUUCUGCGUCGGCCGACGCAACAAGGCGGUGAAGUCGUGCCUCGUGUGCUUAGCCUCUUACUGCGAGACGCAUGUCAAGCCCCAUUACGAGUCAUCUACUUUCAAAAGACACAAGCUGGUGGACGAGACGGGUCACCUGGACAGGAAGAUCUGUCCCCAACAUGAGAAAGGACUGGAGCUUUUCUGUCGUUCCGACCAAAUGUGCAUCUGUGUAAUGUGUACCGUCAGAGAGCACCGCGGUCACAACAUUACCUCAGCAGAAGAUGAGCGCAAUGACAAACAAAAAAUCCUCGUGGCCACCCAGUCGGAGGUCCACCACAUCAUCCAGGAGAGGAUGAAGGAGCUGCAGGAACUCAAGCAUAAUGUUGAAGUUCUCAAAAGUUCUGCUCAGCGAGCUCAGGCAGAAAGUGAUAAGACGUUCCAUGAAAUGCUGCAGGCGGUGGAGCGCUGGAAGUCUGAAAUUAACCAGAUGAUAAUGGCCAACAUGCAGGCGGCAAUGUCGCAGACUGAUGGCUAUUUAGAACGUCUGGAGCAAGAAAUCUUGGAGCUGCAGCGCAGAGAUGCAGAGCUACGGCAGGUUUUGGAAACAGAGGACCACAUUCACUUUCUGCAGAAUUUUCCUACCCUCUGUGUGCCUCCUGAGGCCAUGGUGCCCAAAGUCCUCAUCAAUCCUCAGUUCUCAUUUCGUGAGAUGAGUAAAACGGCCACUGACAUGAAGGAACAUCUGGAUGACAUCUGCAAGAGGGACCUAAGCAAAAUCUCAAAGACAGUGAGUGAAACCCCUGUGUACAUACUUUUACCAAGAAAUGGAGACAAGCAACUCAAAAUUCCAUCCCGAGUCGAUUUUCAGGAGCCAAAAACCAGGACGGACUUUCUGAGAUAUGCUUGUAAAAUGUCCUUUGAUCCAAACACUGUCUACAAAGAACUGGUUCUGUCAGAAGGAAACCAGAAGGUCACCCGAAAGAGAACUGUCCAGUUUUACCCAGAUCAUCCCGAACGAUUUGAUGGAUUCUCCCAGGUGAUGUGCAAGGAGUCUCUGUCUGGGUUCAGAUUUUACUGGGAGGCAGAGUGGAGUGGGGAAUUUUCCAUCGGGGUUGCCUACAAGAGCAUCAGUCGCAAGGGGAAGAAUUCUAAGAGCUUGCUAGGCUACAAUGACAAGUCCUGGAGCCUCCUGUGCUCAGACACAGGCUACUCUGCCUGGCACAACAAAAUCGAUCAAGACAUCCAUAGUGUUCCCAGGGCAUCAAGAAUUGGUGUGUAUUUGGACUAUGCUGGCAACACAGUGGCCUUUUACUCUGUAUUACAGAAUAUGGAGCUCAUCCACAGAUUCAAAGCCCAGUUCAGUGAGCCUCUUUAUGCUGGUUUCGGUGUGGGCUCUUCAGUUACCCUCUGCCAGCUGAAGAAGAAUUCUACACCUUACUAAGAUUAACAAAUAAGGGCAUUAUACACAGUGGUGGGCACACUUCUGAUAAUCCGAUAACAGAUAAUUAUCAAAGAUAAUGUUUUCAGCAUCUAAUUAUUUUGUGAUUAAUUUUUGUCUGAUAACUUUUAAACCGAUAAACAAAA